AUGAACAACUUCGCGACGACCCGCGCUCUCCGCGCAUUUGCGCGCGCACAGCGCACCGUCUCCCGAUCCAUCCCUCGAGCUUCGCCGUCAUCAUUACGACCCUCCGCAGCUUCCGCCCAAUCAGUUUGCCUGCGCAGUCAAUUCCACACGACCCCCUCCAGGUCAAGAAAUGAGAAGCCCAAGGACUACCAAGGAGUGACAGACUUCAGCGAGAUGGACGUUCUGGCCAACACGCCGAUCCCAUCGACCUCGAUCGACGCCUGCGUAUGGGAUGGCUUCCACCUGAACAGCGGUGUGAAAAUCAUGGACGGUGGCGCCGCGCUGCUCAUCGGCGGCGAGGCAUUCGAGUGGAGGCCCUGGGAGGCGAAGGGGUCCAAGAAUCUGAUCAACGCCAAAGGCCAGUUCGAGCUGCCCGCCGAAGCAUUCGGACUGCUAGAUCUGGUCUGGCCGAGACCUGACCUUCUCAUCAUCGGUGUUGGUCCCAAGAUCGUACCGCUCAGCCCGACGACGAGGAAGCACCUCAGCUCGCUCGGCAUCCGCGUCGAAGUUUUGGAUACAAGAAACGCUGCCUCCCAAUUCAAUCUGCUUGCCACAGAACGAGGUGUUGAUAUUGUCGCGGGCGCGAUGAUUCCCAUCGGAUGGGUCGAGGGCAAGGGGGCUGUAUGA